CGGCCCGAGUGACGCGCGGCUGCUGGUACCCGGCGCUCUUGGCUACACUCGGCAUUGGCGAAGGCCGCUUCCGCAGGAUGAUGACGGGGGAUACCUCUGAGACCCCUGUGCCCGAGUUGCAGGUCGAGGAGGAGAGCGAGCUGCCUGUUAUCCAGCUGUGCGGGCUGGUGGAAGAGCUCAGCUAUGGAAACGCUGCUCUCAAAACUGAGACAGAGAUGUUUGAGAAAUAUUACAAUAAACUGGAGACCAGGGAUCAGCGACCUCCACGAUUAUCAGAAAUUAAAAUAGCAGGAGUAGAUUUUGCACAGUUACGAGGCAGGCGUAGAUCGAAAUCCCGCGUAGGUAUAGAACGUAUGGUGGGCCUCAGUGUCGACCAAAAAUGUGAGCUUGUACAAAAGGAACUGGAAGACAUGAAGGAAGAAAUAAGGCACAUGAGAGCAAACGCUGAACGGGAUAUGCAGCAUCAAGAGGCUAUCAUUGAGGAAGCGGAAAUUCGAUGGACUGAAGUUAAGCGAGCAGUGAAUGAGUUUGAAAAAGAUAUUCUAAAAAACAUACCCAAGAAGAAAGGGAGUAUUUUGGCCACUCAGAAAGUGAUGAAGUACAUUGAGGAUAUGAACCGCCGGAGGGACAAUAUAAAGGAUAAAUUACUUUUGAAAAAUGUGUCUCUCAAAGUCCAGAAGAAAAAGAUGCUUUUACAAUUAAGGCAGAAGGAAGAGGUGGGUGAGGCCCUCCACGAAGUUGAUUUUCAGCAGCUGAAGAUUGAGAAUGCUCAGUUUUUAGAGACGAUUGAAGCAAGGAACCAAGAACUGAUCCAGCUAAAGCUGGCAUCUGGAAACACCCUGCAGGUCCUCAACGCAUACAAAAGCAAGCUACACCGAGCAAUGGACACGUCCAUCAAUCUGAGCAAGGAGCUCUUGCUGCGAAAUGAGUUACUUGAAAAAAUUGCAAGAGAAACCCUACAAGUAGAGGAGGACCGGGCCAAAGCCGAGGCUUUGAACAAGCAGCUCCGGAAGCAGCUGGCCGAGUUCCGAGCGCCACCGGUGAUGGUGUACGUCCGGGAGAAGAUCCUAAACGGGGACCUGGAGAAGACCGUCAAGACGUGGGAAAGGAAGGUGGAGAUUGCAGAGAUGUCCCUAAAAGGCUAUCGAAAGGCUUGGAAUAAAAUGAAAACAACCACUGAGCGGUUGCAAGCAAUUUGCUCCCCUGGGAAAUAGCCAGAGAGAGGCCAUGGCUGCAGAACACAAAGUGAUCCAUUAAAGUAAUCAACUCCUUUCUAGUCACGGGGUCCUCUCACUGUUCCGUGUGCUGGCUGGGGUCCCCAACUCUCCAGCCAGGCUAACGGUCACCUCCCAGGCCACAGCUGCCCGUGGGGAGUGUUUUCACAGCCUGGCCCCUGAAACCAGCAACACUGAAAGAACCACAGGGCACUCUCAUGGUUUGACACUUGUUAGCCCACAUUUAGUUCAUAAGCACAAAUGAAAGUGACCUUCCCGCAUGGGGGAGUGGGACAGAGGAGGGAGAGCCAGCCCAGUGUGUGCCGUGGGCCUGUCCAUGGCAGGCCAGGUGUGCAACUGUCAGAAACAGACACCACAGCAGCAUGGUGAAUGCCUAGCACUCAGCAUUCUGAGCUCACUCUUCAGUUUG